AUGAAGAAGCGGCGUCGCUACGAAAAGCCGACCCCGAUGGUAGUGGAGCGCCCGAAAAAGAAAAAUAAGAUUUCAAAAAAGAAGCGAGCAAAGAAGAGGGACGUGUUUGCACAGAAAUUGACAGAGAAGUAUGAUGGGAGCGCACCUGUUGAGGUUGAUCUUGCCGAUGAUAGUGACGACGGCGUUCCGCAGGGAUCACAAGACCCGGUUAGUGCCACGGUUCCAAUGCUGAAUACUCGAAAAACGAUGCGUCCGAUUUCGUCGGUAGAGCUGCAGGACGAGUUCGCUCAGUAUGGAUAUGCGAAUAAGCCGGUUCCUGAGAUGCCAAGAAAAGUCGGCAAGCAACGAGUGGAGGAAGUUGAAUUAUCCGAAGAGGAGCCAGAAAUGGAAGCUGAUAUGGACGGGUUGCAAGACGAUGAACAGGAGGGCGACGAUGCCGAAGAUGUCCAGGAGUUAAAUCAAGAUGACGCGGAGGAGGACGAUCAGGACAUUCUCACCGACAUCUCCUUUUCCGAGCCUGAUGAGGAAGAAGUUGUUACCAGAGAUUUGCGACAAGACAUGUCGAAUCUGCCAUUGGGAAAGCUGCUCGAAUUGAAGAACAAGAUCGGCAUAAAACUGUUUAACAAGACGUUUUAUGGCAAAGAUAAUGAGGCGGCGACCCCCGUCGAGCCCACCGAAGAGAAGGCAAAAAAGUUUAGGCGUGACAAUCCGAAAAGGCCCCGGGAAAUCACAUCCAAGAGGCCGGUCUCUCGAUUCCGCGACAUUUAUGCGAACGAGUCCAAAGGACGACAGCCAGGCUUUGAUCCUCGCUUUGAUGAAAGAUGCGGAGAAUACAACGAAAAAUUCUUUGAAAGGAGCUACGGACACAUCGAGACGAUUCGCGCGAAGGAGCUUUUGGAUAUGAAGGGAGAGCUUGUCAAGGCUAAGGCCAAUGGGGACGCUAGGAGAAUCGCUGAGAUCAAGGAAACGAUAAAGCGAGCGGCAGACCGAGCUAGGACCAAAAAGGACCGUGCGCUCAAACGUGACGUCGUCGUCAACCUGAAGGAGGAGAACAUCCAACGACUCAAGGAGGGCUUGAAGCCAGUAUUCAAAACCAAGGGCGAGGUUCGUCGGCUGCAGAAGGAACGCCAGCAGGAGAUGCUCAAGAAGGAGGGUAGGCUCGACAAGAAUAUGGAACGGCGGGAGAAGAAGCAAAAGCGAAAGGAGCGUGUGCUUCGUCAGAAGCUCGAGGAUCACGCCCCCGUUCGACGU